AUGCGCCGGUUGUGCCACGUGCUCAUGACCUUCGUCAUCUUUGCGUGGGAAACUCCUGGCGAGACGACUACCGACGGAGAUCAAGUCGACGUUACUGCUCUCGUGUCAUCCACUGUCCCAGCUCGUCUGAACGAAAGCGCGUUCGUCUCGCCAGAGCGUGUGGAGCUACACAAUUCCACCAUAGGCAAUACCAGCCUAGAGGACCCGAGAAAGGAGGAGAGGGCAAUUCUACCGUCCACUGUAUAUGAUGCAAUCGACAAGCUGUGGGAGGGCUUUUGGGGCACCAUACGCUCACGUACACCGAUUUUUAUCGACAAUUUCGCCGCACGCGUGACCGAGGAGAAGCUCAUCCAUGAGGGGACGAUAACCGACACCAAAAAGUUCCAGCAGAUCCUGUGUGACCUGUUCGAAACUCAGAAUGUGCGCGGGAAGUAUCGUACAGUGGUCGACUAUCUGACGCAACCUGUGCUGAGAAACGGGCGGGAGCAACCACGUGUGCAGUUCCAAGACCUUACUAAACUGUUUCACGAAUUUCGAAAAUCCACUGGCAUGCAGGUCCAUGCUGAUAGUAUGCAGAUGAUUGUCGCCUUUCUGUAUCCGGAUGAAUCGUUGGAACCAAUGAUGGAGCUAUGGGUGUCGGAACGAUUGACCCCUGAUGAAGUUUACAGGAUAUUGCCAGCGAGUCUCGAGGAGAAACUUCUAUACAGUCGUCCUUUCAAGCUGCCGAUACAGGUUUACGACGAAGCUUACACGACGGUGCAACAAUAUAUUGCUUUGUACAAGUAUCGGGUGGGAGAAUACACGAUCGAUCAAGAAAAGUCGCUGCUGAAGUUUUAUCUCAAUUACUUCGAACACAAAGAGAAAAUCGAACAACGUUUCCGCCGGCGCAUGAGGAAAUUGAGCCGGUGGCUAACGUUAUCUGGAACAUGGCCGAAUUGA